UGGAUCUCUUUCUUUUUCUUUUAUUUUCUCCUUCAUUCUUUUACUUUUUUUUUCAAUGGAAACCUAAUUGCAGCCGUUCGCGAGUGAAAUUGAUAUUUGGAUCUUGCAGGAUCUUUCGCUCGCUCAUCUUCUCUGCUUCGUCGCUUCUAUCGCAACUACCUCGAAAGCGAAAAUGCAGGCCAGCGAUAGAUUUAACAUCAAUUCCCAGCUUGAGCACCUUCAGGCUAAAUAUGUGGGAACUGGGCAUGCUGACUUAAAUAGAUUUGAAUGGGCCGUCAAUAUUCAGCGUGAUAGCUAUGCAUCUUAUGUUGGACAUUACCCCAUCCUAGCAUACUUUGCUAUAUCAGAAAAUGAAUCUAUUGGGAGGGAACGCUACAACUUUAUGCAGAAAAUGCUUUUACCCUGUGGCCUUCCUCCAGAAAGGGAAGAUGAUUGAAUUGUUAUUAACAAGUUGUAGUCAAAGAUUGCAAACGACAGAUCUUUGUUGGGUUGAUGAGUUUCUCCUUUCUGAACCAACUGUGUUUGGUUAAGAGAUGGUAGGAAGUGUGAAUUAUUUUCUCAUGUAAUGUUCUGGUCAAAGUAAGAAUUUGUUUCCACUUUUCCAGGACACAUGAAAGUUAGUGAACUUGUGUACUUAUACUAUUUCUCGUAUUCCUGGCCCUUUUUGCCGUUCAAAAUCACGGAUAAACUCAAAAACUUAAAUUGGUAGACUUCGAUAAUUUUAAUCUUU